AUGAGAUCUGUCGUAGAGGUCAAUGGCCUCCGACAACUCCUCAAACUCCAAUCUCCUCCUCGCGGCACCCCCUCUCGAGUCCUUUCCGCGCGACUGCGACGAUGCCUGCAGCAACGCUCGCUCUCUACUGAGGCGUCUGCUGGGACCAUUCCUCCACAACAUGCCUCGCCGAAUAUUCCGAUUAUAAAGACGGGUCGCUCUCAAUCGAAUGGCCUCAAGCAUGCCCGCGACCAGCCCAAGAUUCUGGCGAAACUGCUGAGCGCGGUCCAGUCGCAGAACCACAAGCAGGUGUUCGCGGAGUUGCAGGCUUUGGGAAGGCAUGAAAGAUCGGGAGAGGCUAUCGAGGCCUUAAGCUCGUUGUCAAAGUCCGCGUUCUCGGAACUUGUUCGCUCUCUGGACCCUUUCCGGGUCGGACCUCGAGCCGAUCUCUCCCACGGCCUUUACAUAUCCCAAGGUCUUCGAAACUUCAGUCCCGUUUCGUCUAUGAUGAACCAGUUUGGGAUUCGCAAAAUCUACCACAAUUCAACCCAGUUGAUCCGUGCCGUUCUCCUCAUGCGACUCAAUCAAGGCCGAGAGCUGAUGCUGUCUGACUACAUCGUUCUGCUCAGGUGUGCCGGGGCGGCAUCAGACAUAGAGACGGCGAAAUGGAUCUGGAAAGUGGCUAUGAAAGCCGACAGAGAAAAGGACCCGACGGUCAGAGGUGGACUGGCUUACACCGAGUUCAUGAAAGCUCGCUUCCUCACCGAACCGCUAUACAUGCAAAAUGACAUGGCCAGGUUCCGAGUCCGUCCCCGCGACCUCACCGGCCACAGAAAGCGAUUUGCAGACAAAUCCGCACUAAGACGACUGGAAAGACUGCGCCUCAGCAUCGCUACGAACAAAACCUCGUUAUACGGCAGAGCUCCCGAUCAGCCGAGUCACGACUUGCACAGGAAGGUCAGUCUUCAUCAACCAGUCAGAAGAAUCUGGUCAGCCGUGCGAAAGCAACGCAUCAGAGUUGACCAAGAGCUCCUCGGCGCGUACUUGAUUGCAUGUGGGAGAGCUGGAUCAGUCAGGGAGCUGCUCAGGCGGCUUUGGCAAACCUGGAGGAUCAGAACCACCGAUAUCAAGGAUCACCGCGCGACAAAGAUCGUGGGUGGUAUCGAACCGGACUUGCUGGACCCGUUGACGACGCCUAACCUGCGCAUUCUGAAUGCCAUUGUGCAUGCUUUUGGUAGCACAGGUCAUGUCAUCCUCGCCAGGAAGUUUUUGAUCUUUUUUUCCACCAAGUACGAGAUUCAAGUCCCGCCAGAAACAUGGUCCUCGCUCCUGGAGUGGACCUACGUCAUGUCGUCCAAGCCGGCCAUAACCGAAUGGAAGAUUAUGGGAGACCGCAACAGAAUCAUUGACGCAGAAGAUGUCUUCAUUGUGUGGGACUUGAUGACCUCUGGACACGGGCCGUACUGCCGUCCGGUCAAACCAACUUUCAAGGACAGAGACUUCUACGUCAAGAGCUUGAUCGCAGCCCGCAAGUUCGAGAGCACUUGGGACGAAAUACGUCGCGGUGCUGCCUUGUACGAGUCCAUUUGCGAGGAAGUCGAGUCUUCUCUUUUCGAAAGGCUUUAUCCCUCACCACCUGCCGAAGCAGUCACCCGCCACCUACAGGCCAAAGUCAAGCAGCACACGACUUGGUACACGAUAGAGAGAUGGUGCAGAAUGUGGCUCAUGAAGGGCAGCAAGCUUGAAAGGAAAGACGACAACUUUACGCAGCGGACCAUCACCGAGUUCAUCGCGGAGUUUUCGGACUUUUUACCGAACCCUGCAACUUACAAGACGAGCGCGGGAACCGUGAGGAUCGCGACACCACAGAACAUCAUGAGGCAGUCCUGGAAGAUGCAGAUCGCUCGAAGCCAUCCCACCACUGUGCGCGUACCCGAUCGGUCCAGCCAAAAGUUUACGACGAUGAAGGAGACCAAAGAAGACGAACCGGAUGCCCCCUUGAUUCCGGUGGUGACGGAGAAGGGAACCCCGUUGUACGAGAUGCAGACGCUGGCAUUGAAGCGGUGGAUGAAGAAGAUGGUAUCCCAGCGAAGCGAUUCUUCGCCGUUCGGUUCGACGGAGAGGAAGCUUAAUUUGCUGUACCUCAACGAGGAUGACCAAGACCAAGUCGGUCCCGCGGUCAACGAGGAGAUGCGGCGCAUCCAGAAGGGCCGCUUCAAACAGCGGUUGAUAUUGAGGAGCCUAUUUUGGUGA